CCCCGUCAAUUGAUAUCCAGAACAUUUUAUCAGAAGUUAGUUUGCGUUACUAGCCUCUCCUUCACUCACUCAUCUUUUAAGAUCCUGUAACACCUUUUUUUCCCCCUCUUUUGGACGUGUAGACAGGCGGCCUUGGCUAUGGCGGUAGGCCGGGUGAUUGCGUGUGCCCUGUCCGUGUUUGUCGCUCUGUUUUCGGACAGGUUUGUGCUGGUGGCUUCCUUCUCUCAGUCUAUGGACAGCGACUUCACUUUUACUCUAGCCGCCGGUCGCAAGGAGUGUUUCUUCCAGACUAUGAAGAAGGAUGCCUCACUGGAAAUUGAAUACCAGGUUUUAGAUGGAGCAGGUCUCGAUGUAGAUUUCUUAAUUUCCUCUCCUUCUGGUCAAGUGCUGUUCAGUGACUACCACAAGUCCGAUGGAGUACACACUGUUGAGACUGUGGAUGGAGACUACAUGUUCUGCUUCGACAACACAUUCAGCUCUGUCUCCGAGAAGCUCAUCUUCUUUGAGUUGAUCCUGGACAACAUGGAAACAGAAGAAGAACAAGACGACUGGAAGGCGUACGUCCAGGGAACCGACAUACUGGACAUGAAGCUGGAAGACAUAAUGGACACCAUCAACAACGUGAAGGCUCGGCUGGGCAAGAGUGUGCACAUCCAGACGGUGCUGCGUGCGUUCGAGGCUCGCGACAGAAACAUCCAGGAGAGUAACUUUGACAGGGUUAACUUCUGGUCCAUCACAAACCUUGUUGUUAUGAUGAUGAUAGCGGCGACCCAGGUCUACCUUGUCCGCUCACUGUUUGAAGAUAAAAGGAAAAUCCGCACAUAACACCACCCCGAACGAAAAGACAGACAGAGAAACUAAUGCCCUCAGACACCUUUGGGAUUUUUUUUCAACUGGUUUCCUACUUUUAACACAAGAUGUUCUAUGCACCCACACAUACACAAACAGACAUUUUGUCUUAUUAAUAACAAAGGGUUGUUGCCCUGGUCCACUGGAGUUUAGUGGCCAGGAUUCGCUGGUUUGGAACAGGAACUUUUAACUGUCGACCCCUCUGCUUUGCAAACUCCUCCAUGCUACAGAAAAAGUCUCUUUGUCUCUCUCUUUUAAACUUGUAUAUUGUUUUAUAGUCUUCCUUAGUGGCUGUAAUUCUUUCAAAAAGUGACAAGCACAGCAUAACAAGCAUGUUUAUGAUAUGAAUAUUUUUUUCUUACAGAGCCUAAAGUUAACAGGCCAGUGGCCAAUUGCAAAAAAUGUCCUCUUUGCCUCGGACAUAUUUGUAUACGCGAUAGACUAGAUGAAGAAAUUAUCUAGUGGGAAGUACAAUCAGUUAGACAGCAAGUCUUCCCUAGACAGAUAUUACUUUAAUAAAGAUACUGUUACAGAGAAGCCUCAGUUGUUUGUGAUUAGCUGAGUGUUUCUUCCAUUGCCUUGAACAUUUUUGUUAUAUCUAGAAAUUCAGACAGAUUUUCCCUUUCAUGCCAAUACUGAAAGUCAGACAUGCUCUUUAGCAAUCAAGGGGCCAUGGAUGAAGGGGCCAAAUCUCAUUAAGACUUCUGCCCUCCUCUCAUUUGCAAUGAUUUGUGGGCUUAAUGGCAGCUAGCUCCACUCCUCCGCUGUGAAGCUCGGUGCUGCUGGCAGGUGUCUGCUUACAGCCACCUACUGUGUGGAGAUGUGGAGUCUGCCUGUUUCUCUGGUGACUAAAGUCUAUUUCUAUCUUCCCGACACCUGGAAGGGCAUUACCACUACUUUAUCGGUGCACUGCUCAGUUCCUUAUGCACGGGCCACUUACUGCCUUGGCUACGUCAGCGUUCUUUUAAAAAUAUAUCUGUGAAUUAUUUUGGAUAUUUACAAUUUAUUAGCCACCAUUACAAGCUAUCUGAUCAUUGCACUGCCUCUGAUGCCACAGAACAACUUGUGUUUUGUAUUCAUAUUCUUUAGAGCAUUAUCUGUGGGCCCCAAAGUGUGUUUUUACAAUAAUGGGGGGCCAAUCAGAAACCGGUCCACAACGUGUUCUGAUGUGUGAGUGAAGGAAGCAGCUCUAGAGAUUUGUCUGUCAUUGGUUAAAAGAAGAAUGAAGUAUUAAGACACUGCUGUGGAUUUUCAAAAUGGUUGCUGAGAGAAUUUGUUUUAUUGUUAAUUCUGAGCUUCACAGGUGAAACUUGGUAACCCACUACCCUCCUGGAAGCUUCAUGUUGCCAUCUUCUGAUUUAACCUGAGCUGUAAGAUAAAGAACACACAGUGAGUUCAUGCCUAGUUCAACAGCCUUAAGUUGAAAGUAAGACAGUUUUUACACAGUUUUGCCGUACAUGUUGUUUCUCCCUGCAAUAACAAAUGUGAUGCCUUUUGAGUGUAAGAAAAUAAUCAUCCUAUGCCUUUGUUUAAGUGCGUUCAACCAUUCAUUGUUAUUCUGCCCGCCAUUAUCUCACUGUGGUUUGCAGUUUUUAAUUUAAAAGUAUGUAGUGUUGGAUUUUAAUGUGCUUCCGAGUUCUGCAAAAAUAAAGAAAACAAAUAUUUGUAUGUUACUGAGAA